AUGAGCGACGAGCCAUUCACAGUCUUCGUCUCUGAUGACGUGGCGCCAGCGGACGUUGAGCACUGGCUGUCGUUCGACGGCGCCGUUCUACCUGACCUUCCGCUUUCCACCUACCCGCACUCGCAGGCGCAACCCCUUCCGGACGCACCGUUCAUUCCUCUAGAUCCGUCACUCGCUUUUCUGAUAGGCGACGUUCCUACAGGGGACGUUCCGAUAGUCGACGAUGCUGCUAUACGUGAUUCGCUUUUAGGAGACGCUAACACAGACUAUGUUCAUCGCCCCUCACCCUCCCUUGGCGGCGGUGAUAUAGGAGUGGGUGGACUCAGAGGGCCGUCCGCCGACCCUCCCUCCGCUCCGCCCCCGUGCAAGCUGCCUCGGCGCCCCCCGGACCUCUCCUCCCGCCUCGCCGCCGUGCUGCAAAACAUCAACCCGCCGCGCCCUGCCCUUCCGCGGCUUCCCCUCCCGCGCUUGCCCAAGCCGGGCCUUCCUUCCCCCGCUGCGCCUGCAGCUCCCGUUGCCUCUGCGCCUGUUGCUGCACCUCGGCCUUUCGCCCCGCCGCCGGGAUCCUCCGCAGCAGCCGCAACAAUCCCGCCACCACCAACAACAGCAGCAACAGCAGCUGCAGUCGCAGCAGGAGGCGCAUCAUCAUCAUCAUCAGCAGCAGCAGCAGCAGCGUCCGCCGUGUCUGGCACAAAGGCGCUGGGCGGAUUCACAGGGCUCACAUGCGCUCUGCCUCUCAUGCCCACACCACCGCUCGCCUCUGCUGCUCCUCCCACCAGCAGCGCUGCUGCUUUUGGUUUGGACCAGGGGGCGCGGUGGCCUCCGCACCUGCUGCAGCAAGGCCCCAUGAGUGGCGCGAGGGAGGGCAUGCUGAAGCAGCAGCUCAUGGCCAUGGCUGAAGCCAUGGCCGUUGAUGACUCGGUGCGGUGGCGGCAGUUCAUGCGCCAGUUACGGAGGGAGGCGGCUGCCGGGGGGGACACGCUGCAGCGCAUUGCCUUCCACGCGCUGGAGGCAUUAGAGGCGCGCAUGGAUGGCACCGCACUCGUCCGCAUGCACACCCCCAUGAACGUCACCGUUGAGGUAGUCCCCUCCCCGUCUCUCCCCUUUCCCAUUGGGGCCAUGACUCAAUGGCAGCGUUGGGCCAUGGCGGAGAGCAUGGAGUGCCGGCAUUCAUGCACCUCGCCAACAUUGCAGCCGUGCAUGAAGUCCCAUGCUCCCCAUUCGGCUGCCACCCACCCACACGCUCCACACGCCCCUGUGCCUCCCGCCCAGCCUGCCCCUCCCCCUGUCGCCACCUCUCCCUUUACCGGCCAGUCCGCGCAGCGGCGGCGGCUGCACAUUAUAGCCGUUGGAUUCUACGGCGGGCCACACUGGAUCAACAUCCUCAUGCGCCUCGCCGCCCACUUCUCCACGCCGCCACUCCUCCCCACCACUGCCAAUGACCUUCCGCCAAGUGGCGUCCCGGCGGGGGAAGCAGGGGCGGCACCAGGUGCAGCAGGUGACAACGCGAUCGGUGCUCAGGGCGAAGCAGGGGCGUUUGGAGCAGGUUUAUCUGAGGGAGGCGCAACCGCAGCAGGUGCGUCUGGUGGAGGCAGCAGCAGGUUUACCACCGCUGCUCCCUUCCCCACCUUCGCAUCACCGCUCGUGAAAGUCUCGGCCAUUGAUUUCGGGGUGGUAAAAGUGGAGGAAUUUCCGACAGGCCUGGUGCAUCUGGGGAAGGAGUACCUGGAGCAGGUGGCAUCUAUGCUGGACCUCCCUCUCACCUUCCACGGCAUAGAAACCACCCCCCAGGACUUCCACCCGUCACUAGUGGAGGUCGAACCAGGGGAGGAGAUUGUAGUGCUGGCCAGUUGGGGCCUCAUGGUCUUUCCAGACGACACAGUGCUUCGCUCCAACCCCCGCAACUCCAUCCUCAAGUGGAUCCGCGGGCUACGACCGUUGCUGCUCCUGCAGGUGGAGAACGACAUCGACGCCAACGGGCCCUUCUUCCUCUCUCGCUUCCACGCUUCAUUCAUGAACUUUGCCGCGUUCGUUGAGUCCUUCGACUGCUCCAUGCCGCACGCCGCCACGCCGCGCUUCGUCGCGGAAACCAUCCUCGCGCGGGAUUUUCUAAAUGGGGUGGCAUGCGAGGGCAUGAACCGGUAUGUGCGGUCGGAGCAGCUGGGCAUGUGGGUGCAUCGGAUGAGAGUCGUGGGGCUGGAUCUGGUGCCGAUAGGGCCAGACACAGUGGCUGCUGGGAGGGAGGCCACAGAGGGCAGGGACAAGAGGUUCUGGCUGGAAGUGCAUGCAGAAACCGGCGCCCUGCAGCUCAGCUGGCGUGGCGUGCCGUUGAUCUUUAUAGCCGCCUGGAAAUGA